AUGGGCGUUCGCAAAUGGAUGGAGCGGCCGACCGUUCGUGGCCAUCACGUUGGUGUUGAAGAUUUGACUGAGGGUCAACAAGGCGUCCCGGAAUCAAAACGGCGCAAAUGGGCUCUCCAAACCAUCGAUGCCUCACCGUUCCAAGUUUGGGUUGUCGUAGUCGCUGGGAUAGGUUUCUUGACCGACUCAUUCGGUCUAUUCGCGUUGAACGUGGUAACACCCAUGAUUGGAUACGUUUACUGGCCAGACAACUUGGACAAUGACGGCGUUCCGCAGGUUCCAUCUUCAGUGAAGACAGCUAUGAUGUGCUCGACUCUUGCCGGAACCAUGAUAGGCCAGAUCGCAUUCGGCUUCGCAGCUGACGUCCUUGGACGACGGAAGAUGUACGGAAUGGAGUUGGUCGUAAUCAUCGUAGGAACGAUGCUGUUGUUGAUGAGCUCCAGUGGUGAGAAGAACAGUAUGAACGUAAGCGGCUGGCUCAUUGCGUGGCGCGCAGUCAUGGGAAUUGGCAUUGGAGCUGACUAUCCCCUCAGCGCAGUCAUAGUGGCUGAAUUUGCGCCUCGGAAGUUUCGUGCACGUAUGAUGAGUUGGGUGUUCUUCGCUCAGCCCAUGGGCCAGCUGCUCGCCAAUGUACUAUCCUUGGCGGCUGUCGAGGGCUACAGACCGUAUAUUACGAACACCGAGAUGUCAUGUUCAGUUGACGGGGUCGAUGAUCUAGACUGUUUCCGCUCAAUCGAUCGCUUGUGGCGGUUAGUCAUUGGUAUUGGUAUCAUUCCUGCGGUCUUGGCGCUCAGUUUUCGCUUCACUAUCCCGGAAAGUCCGCGCUACAAACUCGACAUCCUGCAGAAUGCCUCGACGGUGUAUGAGGAUACCAAGAAUUACUACGGGGCUCCGGAAUUGGACGCUGAGCACGGUGAGCUGGAAAUCCUACCUUCACACGAGGGUCAGCCGAGGCCAUCCACCAGCGCCUCCGAGAUUGCACCAGACGACGUUGUAGACUACAACAGCGAUGACGAUGAACACAGGUCGAGCACAGCGUUCACCAGACCUGUCGUGACCUCGAGCAAUGAACUUCCACCAGGCGACCCAAACUACAUCCCUCCACUCGCCUCUUGGGCCGAUGCCAAGAAUUUCUUCAUCACCGAAGGCAACUGGCAGUACCUCCUUGGAACCUCGCUUGCGUGGUUGUUUCUGGACUUUGCUUUCUAUGGGCUUGGUCUUUCGUCGCCACAGAUUGUGAGCCAUAUCUGGCAGAAUCCUAAUGUUGGUCGUCCAAAAGUCUUCGACUCGCUGCGCGAUAACAGCCUACACACCCUAGUCAUGGUAUCGAUCGGAACCAUUAUCGGAGGUUUACUCAUGAUCAAAGUAAUCAAGUACGCGUCGCCGAAGGUCAUUCAGUUCUGGGGUUUUCUGGUGUUGUUUGUACUCUUCAUCGUAACAGGUAGUGCGUGGACAAAGCUGUUAGACACAAGUCGGUCCGGUCUGAUCGUACUGUACGUGUUGAGCCACAUCGCGUUCAAUCUAGGUCCAAAUGUCACUACGUUCAUUAUACCAGCGGAGAUAUUUCCAACGCGUUAUCGAUGCACUUGCCACGGCAUUGCCGCUGCAGCUGGUAAACUCGGCUCGUGGGUGGUCCAGAUCUUCCUUGCGUAUGCUUUUCAGAACGACAAUCAGGGUGAGCAGUAUGACUGGGAGCGCGAGAACUUCGGUCAUGUGUUGCAGGUCAUGAGCGCUUUCAUGGUCGCUGGAGCGGUGGUGACGUACUUUCUCGUGCCUGAAACCAGAGACCACGACAACAAGAGCCGGACCUUAGAGGUGCUGGCGUGCGGAAAGAAGGUGAUUGACGAGCUCAAUCGGCAGCGACAAAGAGAGGACGAAGAAAACUGA